CAUCAUCAUUUAUUAAAUAUUAAGAUCGAAUCGAUCUGCGCGAUUACUUACAAUACAUUUAUAUGAAACGAAAAUUGGACACUAUUAAAGGGCUGAAAAUCUUACAUUACAAUGGAUUUAAACUUGUGUAGAGUGUGUUUAGAUAAAUCUGCAACCAUUUCUGUGUUUAGUAAACAAAAUGAUAUUCAAUACAGUGCUAAAAUAAUGCGGUGCGUCAAUAUAAAUAUUAGUGAAGAAGACGGAUUACCAUCAAUGUUAUGUUCUAAUUGUGUUGCUGAGCUCGCUGUAUGCUACCAGUUUGUGCAAAAAUGUGAAGCAUCCGACAAAACAUUACGGUCACUAUCCAAUGACUAUUUCAGCGAAAUACAAACAAAAAUUAAAGUAGAAGUUAAGCUUGAAAACGUUGAAGAAGUAAACGAAUUUGAUCACGACUAUGAUUUGUCAGAUGCCGCCUCUGAACAUUUGCAGAAUAUUGAGAAAAAGAAAGGUAAAAGAAAAGAAAGAAAAAAAUUGUUUAAAAAGAAUGUGCGGAGAACCAAAGCUGCUCCUAUACAGUGUGUUAUUUGUGGUCUGCUCGUAAUUAGCCCAUCGGCAAUGCAAAAUCACAUGCGCAUUCACACCGGUGAGAAACCAUUUGAUUGUUCGUUUUGCGAAGCCAAGUUUCGUACGAAAGGUGCAAUGAAGCGGCACGUUGACACCUACCAUUGCAAGCGCGAAAGAAAAUUUACCUGUGAAACGUGCGGCAACAGCUUCUUUAGGAAAAACGAUAUCAUCACACACAUGAGGGUGCAUUCUGGAGAGAGACCAUACGUCUGCCCAUUUUGCUCUCAGCGUUUCCGGCAGGCGGCUUCGUUGAUACGACAUAAGAGGACACACACGGGUGAAAAACCUUAUUCUUGUCCAAUAUGUGACAAGAAAUUUGGUGACAAAAAUCUUGUCCGGAAACAUCAAAGCGUGCACAGUGAUGAGAGGAACUUCAGCUGCCAUCUAUGCAACAAGUGCAUGAAAUCCAAGACUGCACUGAAUGCUCACCUGAAUUUACAUACAAAUGAAAAGCAGAACAUUUGCAGUUUCUGCGGCAUGGCCUUCGCAAUGAAAGGCAACUUGCAAACGCACAUACGACGAGUGCACUCUGAGAAGUCGGGACAGUGCAACAUUUGCUUAAAGACAUUUUCGAACCUUGAGGUGCAUAUGCGUAAACACACAGGUGAAAAACCUUUCACAUGUGGGUUGUGUAAUGCAGCAUUUGGAGUAAAAAGGAGUCUCGCUCACCAUAUCAUGUUUAAACAUGAAAAUGCUGAGAAGUUCAAAUGUUCCAUAGGGGAAUGCACCAAAACAUUUCCCACUGCCACCAUGCUGGAAUUCCACCUGCUGAAGCAGCACACCAACCACACUCCAUACAUCUGCCAGUAUUGUUCACGGGGGUUCUUCCGCACCAGUGAUCUCUCUAGACAUCUUAGAGUUAGUCAUAUUGACAGUCAAAUUAAGCCAAUAUCUUUAAAACCUUUAGUUGCUAAGCCAUGUACAUUGCAAUAUUCAGUUCCAAAUGUUAUGUAGAUAUUGUAACUAGAUAUUUAGUAAAACCGAAGAAGAAAGAUCUUUUUGAAGGAUUUGAAAUAUUACAU